UCUACUCCUGUGACCUGGACAUUGCCCAGCUGAGCAGGAGCUUUGACCCUGUGGGCUUACAGCUCAUCUGAACCUGCUUAGUCCGUCUUCCUGUUGUGUUAACCUUGCAGAGGGGGAAGAGUGCCAACUCUCCACCCCCCUUCCAUCACUCCUGGGUACCUGAUCCACCUUCCACCCUCAUGGGUAAGGAAGGGGACAGGAAGGUCACCAAUCCAACCAAGCCACAGUGCCAAAUCCUGUUGGUUCAUUUGUUUUCCCCUGGUUGGGUUAUGUUUUCAAACCAUCAACAGAUUCAUAGCUGCUAGUGGAUGUCAAAUUUCAAAAUAGGGGAGUCCCAAUGGUGACUUGUCCAUUAGGAAGUCAUAGGCAAGCCACUUACUUUCUCUGAGUUUCAAUAUCCUUGUCCCAAUAAAAGGGCAUCUGUGAUUAGCUCUGAGCACAUAUUUAGGGUGAGCUUUCACCCUAAAGAGCUCAGCAACAGCAGCUUCUACUCACUUUCACACAUCAAAGAGAGGGUGGGUGGGUUCCCUCCCAGCAGAAGUCCUCCCAGCAGAAGUCAACAUCCCGCCCUUCCAGUGUGCUUCUGAUCAGGCACAGAGGAGAGCCAGUUUCAUCUUCUUUCUUUUUGGUCAACUCCAGACAUCUGCAACAAACAAGAAGAUUAACAACAACCAUUAAAAGUGGCCCCUGGAGAGUUUAUCUGUCAGCGCACGCAUGGCUGCAGGAUCUCAUUAUAGGCCAAAGGCAAAGGAUGUCUGCUUCCUUUCUGUCCUGGAAUUCCGUGAUAAAAUCCCCUCCAGUUGUCUCUACUGAUUCCAUUUUGUUUUCUUUCUUGGCUAUAACACAGAUAGGAGGAAAAAUCUUUCCUCCCUCAAGGCAGAGUUUUAAACGCAUCACCUCAGAAUGCCAAAUGUUCUGGAAAGGAAGAAAGUUGGCAGCGAAGGAACCUGCAGAGAGAGGGACUGAGAGGGCUGAAGGGCCCAGCAGCUCCUGGCAGGCUCCUCUGGUCUCUGUUUGAAAUUGGCUGAAAAGACAUGGAAUUUAGUAGGCAAGUCUGCCUCCUUCUCCUCCUCUUAUCUGCAGAGGAGAGAUCGGUUCCCAGCUGGCCGGGGCAGUGUCAUUGAUACAGCUGGUGUCAUUGUUACCUUCCACUAACAGAUCACUUGACACCUACCGGCUCAGGCAGGGCUGGGACUGGGCAUUUCCUGGCUGAGCUGGAGGCUUGGGCCCUCCCCAUUGUCCCAGAACCCCAGGUGAGGCCAAGACAUGGGCUCUGCUGGGAUGCCAUGCUUGGUGACCCAGCAGAAGGACUAGAUUGCUCCUAGUGGGUGCUCCCCCUUGCAGAGUCCCAGCUGCCCCUUUGGGUCCUGUUGCCUGGCCUCUUUUGCUGUCCUGGGUAGAGGAGAUGAGUUUGUCGCUGGCUGCAAGCUGAGGCCAACUGACGCUGCUGCACAGAGAAGGGGCACCGAGAGUGGCCUCGGACUGAGGAGCCUGUAGUGCAGAGCAGCCCCUCGGGCCUUCCGCCUGGCCCUGCUUCCCCGGCCGGCUGCCCUUCUGGUUAGUGCAUCCCAGGUGGCAUCAUGCUGCAGCAGAUCCUGCACGACAUGUACAUCGACCCUGAGCUCCUCGCCGAGCUCAGUGAUGUGCAGAAGCACAUCCUCUUCUACAAGAUGCGGGAGGAGCAGCUGAGGCGCUGGAAGGAGCGGGAGACUUGGGAGUCCCUGGCCCAGGACAAAGGUCUCAGGCCUACGAAGACCAAGCGAGCAAGUGACAAGCACAUCCAAUGGCUCCUAGGGGCAGAUGGCGAGGUCUGGGUCUGGAUCAUGGGAGAAGGCCCUGGUGACAAGCCCUACGAAGCGAUCUCUGAGGAGCUGAUUGCAGAGAGGGCGCGGCUGCAGGCACAGAGGGAAGCUGAGGAGCUCUGGAGACAGAAGGAGGCAGAGAUCACCAAGAAGUUUCGGGAUGCUCUGGCCAACGAGAAAGCCCGAAUCUUGGCAGAGAAGUGGAAGGUGGAGAUGGAAGACCGCAAGGCAGCCAAAGUCUUGGAGGAACGCAUCCAGGAGGAAUUCAAGAGGAAAGAGGAAGAGGAGAGGAAGCGAGGAGAAGAGCAGAUUCGCCUCCAGGAAGAGCAGAGGGCAAAGGAGCUCUACUGGACCCUGAAGCAGGCUCAGCUGCAUUGCCAAGCCAGUGAGAGAGAGGAGCGAGAGUGGGAAGAACAGUUGCGCCGGUCAAAGGCGGCUGAUGAGGAGAGGAGCCGCCGAGCCCAGCGCGCCCGAGACGAAUACCGACGCCACUCGCUCCGUGCUAUCCAGAAGGGCACGGUCGCUGGCCUCAGCUCCAUGUUCCGGGAGCUCGGCCAGAGCCAUGAGCAGGAGGCAAGACUCUACCACCACCUCCCCGGGCCGGGUCCGCCGCAGCCCCUCGCCCUGCCGGUCAGGACCUGGGAGCGCCCGCUGCGCCCAGUCUCCAGAGAUGUCAUCGUCCGCUGGUUUAAGGAGGAGCAGCUGCCUCGCCGAGCUGGCUUCGAGAGGAACACCAAGUUCAUCGCCCCCUGGUUCCAUGGAAUUAUUAGCCGAGAAGAUGCAGAAGAUCUCCUGGAGAACAUGACUGAGGGAGCAUUCCUGGUCCGGGUCAGUGAGAAAAUCUGGGGUUACACCCUCUCCUACCGCCUGCAGAAAGGGUUCAAGCACUUUCUUGUGGAUGCCUCUGGGGAUUUUUACAGCUUCCUGGGAGUGGACCCCAAUCGCCAUGCAACGCUCACGGAUCUCAUUGAUUUCCAUAAGGAGGAAAUUAUCACUGUUUCAGGAGGAGAGUUACUUCAGGAACCCUGCGGACAGAGGGACAGCCCACCAGACUACCAUCUAUUGUUUGAAUAAUAUUUUUUUCCUUAUCAGUUGGAUUCCUUUGGGCAUCCUGUUUUUGAACUGAGCUUAAGAACUUCUCAACUCAAAUUCUAUGGCCUUCUGGAAGAUCCACCACUAUCUAGAGGAAAAAGUAGAUUAAUAUGUCUCAAGGGAUAUGACAUCUGUGGCAUAGGGCUACUAGUCUCAUCCCAGUGAUCAGGAGAGAAAUUGCUAAUAGCUCAUGCAACUCUUUCAUGAAGAGCUUAGCUAUAUGACCUUAGAAGACAAAGCCUGUUUGUUAUGGCUUCCAGAAACUGAGCUUUUACAGUGUGUGGACCAUGUUUGAAUAAUCCACAAUAAUUCCAGUGCCGAACCUUAAAUUUAACAUAUGGUAGACAUUCAGUAAAUGUUUGUUAAUGAAUGCACAUCUUCUAAAAGUUUUCCAACACAAAUUAGCAGUGGUUUCUCGUAAAUUAUUUCCUACUUGCCGCUCUAUAAAAUCAUGGCGAUAAUGGAAGAUUAUGAAGGAUUUCUAUGGAGGACAUAAAUGCUGCAUCUUUCAUAAUCUCCAUUAUUACCCUUAUUGAUGUUAUCAUUGGAAUUACCUAAGGCGAGCCCCAGUUUCCAGGGCAGCUGAUUGACACUGUCCUGCCUUCCUUAUUUGACCUCUUCUUUUGUCACUCUCCUCUAUCUUUGAAUCAUAUCUUGGCCCUGGUUUUGCAAUGGUUUUAUGUAAUCCUACAGAUGUCUUCAAGACCUGGGGUGAGUUAUAAAUGCAAGAAUGGUUUUGAGAAAUCUGAUGUGGCUCUGCUCUCUGGGAUAUGGCCCUCUUUAUGCAGGUUACUCCAAUGAUUAGCUCUGUCCUCAUUGUCCUUUUAAUUCCCUUGUCAACUUAAUCUCAGUAUGUUCCUUAUAUUAACAAGAAGACUCACCCAAUAACUCCUCAAUAACUCUCAGUGAUGGUGUCUAUUGGUGCAUACUUGUGUUCCACAGUUAUGGCCAUAUACACAGAGGUAGUAUAUGAUGAAGAGAAGAUUACAGUCUUUACAGUCAAGAAAACUUGGGUUCAGAUCCUCACCCUGGAACUUAUUAGCAUUAUAAUGCUUGCAGCAUUGUGUUUGGUGAGAGGGAACGAAUGAAGGGACCCUAGGGAUGUUAGGGAACAAUUUAUUUUACUUGAUGGCUGUAUCAAACAUUUCCUAUGCCCCUCUUCUUCUCUUGCCUCACCUGUUCCUUAGAUUCUUGGUCACUUCUCUACCACAAGCCACCAGCACUGUAACCAGUUUUGCAUGAGUUCUGCUCUUCCUCCCUAUGUUGAUCAGUGUCAUGUGAGCAUAAGCCAGUGGUAGCUUGCCACAUGUCCUGUCUCCCGUUGCUGCAGAGGCAUAAGACAGAAGAGAUGGGAAGUGAAUGCCCCAUGUGGUGAAUCUGGGAUGAAGGGGAGUCACAGGCUGGUAGAUCGCUUUUUCCCCAUUCUUCCUCCUGGAGGAACUAUUCUGAGAGGCAUCUGUUUGAAUGGUCUUUUAGAAGACGGUCCUGCAAGAUCGGGCAACCAGUCACGAUGAAACCAAGUGGUGGCUGGAUCAGUAUGACACCUCCCUGCUCCUGUUUGUUCCUUCUUCUCUGCCUUGCCCUGCUGUCUCCUGUUGCUCUGGGAUUGCACUUCUGAAUGAAGUAGCAGCUUCUAGGCUUUUGCCACUGGCUCUACCUUUUGGGGAAUCCAGGAUAAGAACCCAUCAUAGAGAAGUGUUCAAUAAUAUCAAUUUUGCAACUCAGCUCCGUGGCUUUCCCAGGUCUGCCUGUCUCACUACAUGCAUACAGUGAAAUGAUGGAAGGAACCUCCUUUCUGAACUCUAACGUGCCUUAAUUGAUUAUCAUUAAAAUUAUCAUUAAAAUUGCCUUAUUUCUAUGGACUCAGAGGAACGAUGUUUUAGUUUUGGCUCUCUGAUGAUUUACCAACUAUGUGACUUUGUCCAAGUCAUUUAACUUCAGUAAACCUCAGUAUGACUGAAAAGGGAAUUUUCUGUAUGGCCGUCACUAGGUUUUUUUGCAGGUCAGUUAAAUGAUAAACAUGAAAGCUCUGUCCAAAUGAAAAAGGUAUUUCUAACAACAACCACGAUAACAACAACAAUUUAGUCCUUAGCCAUGAUGUGUCGGGGGAUGUGAUGUGAUGAUUUUCAAGGUGUUGGAAGAAACUUUUGUUCCAAGAACUAACAGCAGCUUUGAAAGCAGACCAAGAUGGGUUGAGGCCCUGAAUCCCUGGGCUGUUGUUCCUGUCACCCCUAAUUAAUAUGUGAGAGACAACAGCUGGGUUUUCCAUCCCUAACACAUUUAUUUCAUUUUAUUUGGGGCCUGCAAUUUCUGCAUGUCUCAUAUAUUUUAGGUUUUACCUUUUUACCUGGCUUUAAAAUAAAUCCCUUGUAAGUUGUCCUGCAAAUGAAAUUACUGUCUGGAAAACUGCAAUUUCAUCUUGAGAGUUUUAUUAUGCUAAUAAAUGUCAGGAUUCUCAAAUAAAGGAAUUGCCUUUUUUUUUCCCCUGAGCCCUACAAAUAGAAUAAAAAACAGUUGGUCAGCUCCAAGACUCAGCAAAGGAAAAAUUUACAAUCUAUAACUAGAAAGAGAAGUUGUAAAAAAACCACUAUGCGACUUAAUGGAAAAUAAAUUUCAAGGAAUGAAAGGGUAACUUGGGGUACAGAUUUGGGGAGAUCCUUGCGUGGCAGAAGUAUUUUUAGGGAUCAUCUAAGGGGCAUGAGCUGAGAGGUUAUGGAGAGUGUUCCCCGAGAGGGGGACAUGGGCUUGAAGACCUGGGAGCCUGGGGCAUUUGUCCCCCUUUUGUCCCUUUGAUCAUUAUUCUCAGGACUAAAUUGUGAUCCUAGGUGAAUUUCUGUAUUUUUUGGACUACAGUUUCUUCUGUCAAAUUAGGUCAACAUUGCCUGUUUCAGAGGGUGGCUGUGAAAAUAACAGAAGAUUUUGUUAUGGUAAUGACAAACAUUGUUUUAAGCCAUGUGUGUGCGUGUGUGUGUACGCGCGUGCGAAUUCUCACAGCCAUGCUUAAGGGAGGAAAUGCUAUCAUCUUUAUCUUGUACAUGGGGAAACUGAGGCACAGAGAGGUUCAGAACAUUCCCAAGGUAAGGUCACUUCCUUGGGAAGCACAGGGAUUGACCACAGUCAUGUAUCAACCUGAGUGGACCUUAAACUGCAUAAACAAACACAUGAUUGUUGUUGAAAAUGUAAGUUCUCCUUCAGCAGAUCUGGGAUUGGGCAUGAGGUUCUGUAUUUCUGACAAGCUCCUGGGUGUUGCUGAUGCUGCCAGACUAUGGGUUACACUUGGAGAAGUCAGGCUUGAAAGCAGGAGUUGGCAAAUUAUAGCUGCAGGCCAAAUUCAGCCUGCUGCUCGUGUUUCUACAGCCUGAGAGAUAAAAAUGGCUUUUACAUUUUUAAAUGUUUGGAAAAAAGAAGAAUA